GAACCCUAAUGCCCGUUCCACGGCGACGAACCCUAACCACUACCACCACCGCCGCCAUGGUCGCUAGGGUUUCCUCCCACUCCGACACCGACCUCCGAAUACGAUCCCUCGUGAGCUCCGGCAUGGUCGACGCCGCCGCCUCCCUCCUCCGCCGCCGCGCCGCCGAGCCGAACCCCUCGCCGCCGCCGCCGCCGCCGCCGCCUUCGACCGCCUCCUUCAAUCUCGUCCUCUCCUCCCUUGCCCGAUCCCGCAGGUUCGAUUGCGCCGUCGAUCUCUACUCCUUCAUGUGUCGCGUCGGAGCCGAUCCCGACAUGAUCAGCUUCAACAUCCUCCUCAAUUGCUACUGUGAAACGGGCCGUGUAGAUUGCGCUCACAAGGUGUUCAAUGAAAUGGCGUUGGGGUUCGACAAGCCGAAUGUGGUGUCGUACAAUACUUUGAUCAAGGGGUACUGUAAAAAAGGUCUAAUCUUGGACGCAUUGGGGGUUUUGAGUGUGAUGAGGGAGAACGGUCCACGGCCCAAUAGCCGGACAUACUCAAUUUUGAUCGAUUUUGCCUGCGGCUCCUCGAAUUCGGAAUUGGGUUUGCGUUUAAUUCGCGAAAUGCUACGAACUUGCUUGGUUGUGAGUGUGCCGGCUUAUAAUUGUUUGUUGGCAGGGCUUUGUAAGGAAGGGAAGAUGAAGCUGGCGAAGAGCCUUUACUCGAUGAUGGUGAAGUUGGGAGUAAAGGGAAAUGUGGUUUCAUACACAGGUUUCGUAAGUGGUUUGUGUCGGGAGGGGGGUGUGAUUGAAGCAAAAUUGCUUUUUGAUGAGAUGUUGGAGGCGGGUUGUUCGCCUAAUGUUGUAACAUACAGCGCUUUGAUUCAUGGAUUUUGCAUGAAUGGGAAGGUUGACGAUGCGCUAGAAAUGAUGCAACGGAUGGUCCUAAAAGGUCUAAAUCCAAAUGUGGUCACUUAUACGGGAGUCAUGUUGGGGCUUUGUAAGGAAGGGAGAGUGGGAAAGGCCCUCGAGCUUCUAGAGGAGAUGAAUCUGAAAGGAGUAAAACCUAAUGAGUUCACAUUUAGUAUUCUAUUAGACGGAUUAUGUAAAGAAGGUAGGCUUGAGGAAGCGACACAGCUAUUCCACCAAAUAGAAGAGAGAGGAUGCCGAAACAAAGUUGUGUUUUAUAAUGUUUUAGUUAGUGGGUUUUGUAAAAUGGGUAAAAUGGAGGAAGCUAGGGAGCUUAUCCGGGAGAUGAGGGACAAAAGUGUAUUGCCGGAUGUGAUUACGUUUAACACAUUGAUGGACGGUUUCUGUAAAAUUGGGAGAAUCGAGGCUGCAAAAGAGGUAUUAUGUGAUAUGGAGGGGGAAGGUGUGAAACCAAAUGUCGUUACGUUCAACACUAUCAUGUCUGGUUUAACUCGGCUGGGGGAUCUUGAGGAAGCUAUGAAUGUGGUAGAACAGAUGGCGAGCAAAGGAGUUGAACUAGAUGUUAUUAGUUAUAGUAUAAUUUCGGAGGGGAUGCGUAGAGCAAGUGCCUGCGAACCUGCAGAAAAUCGUAUUCAUAAAAUGGCUGAGAAUGACACCUGAUCUGAUGUUAAAACCAAUUAAUCCAUCCAUAAUGCCUGUUUGGCCUGAUUUACGGAACUUCUUCUUCACCCCAGGAAGUAGAAGCUUUUGUUAAAACCAAUUCAUCCAUCCAUAAUGCCUAUUUGGCCUGAUUUACGGAACUUCUUCUUCACCCCAGAGAGCAAAACCUUCCAUAAGUUAGGCAUUUGGCAAAUAGAAAGCAUAGAACUUUUGAUACAGCGGCGAGCAAGAAUGAGCUUUUGGGGACUUACUAAAGCUCCAAUUUGAAGCUUCCGGUUGUGUUAUAGCAAAACACCCUUAAGAGGAUUUAUAUGAAAGCGUUGUUAUUUAUACAACACGGAAUGGAUGCUCCGGCCAUGCUAAACAUUCCUUUGUACCACAAUGCAUCCUCAAAAUAUGCAGCUUCUUAAAGCCAAGCAUCAUCAGAUGGAUGAUGCAGAUGGAACCUCAAAUAUGGUUGUACAUAUAUAGUGACACCACACAGCAGGGUUUGUCACAUCAGAGAUGAGAUUUAAGGAAGUGGUAAGAGGACCUGCAUGAUGCUUUGUUAUUGGAACUUCUCCGUCGUCAAACUAUGCUCAAAUAUGCUUGCUUGAAGUUAGAGGACUCGUUGCUCGUAAGUUUUGCUCACCUGACUCUCCGCGGUUGGACCUUGAAAGAACAAGGAGAUGUGAUAUUUAUUGUUCGGUUCACAUGAUUAGGGCAGAACAUAAGUUAGUUGGGUAAGAGCAAUAACCAUAACAUAGUUCGAAAGCUCAUCAAAAGGAAGAAGAGUGUCUCCAAGGUUUCAUCACAAAAAAUGUGGAUUUGUUGUUGACUGUAGAUAAUGCAAGAGAAUAAAAGCAGAAAGUCUGAAAUAAUUCGACGGGAUUUCGUUCCCUAUCAAGAAAUUGCUGGAAUACGGUGCCAUAAAACGAACAGUUUUGAGGUUUAGUUUUCUUCAUUCGCAUCGAAGGCAUCGACCGUUUGGAGCGCGCGGCUACAGAUUGGAACAUGAAGGCAACUUUGCUUUUGUGAAAAUUUCUUUGAUACCUAAACUGACCCGAGUGAACUGAAGGAAUGGCACCUUAAGUUUCAUUAUGGGGUUUGUGUUAUACAAUCUUAUGUUUGAUUAGUUACAAACUAAAGUUUUUUUUUCACAA